AUGAAUGGAGUUAUGGAGGCACUGACAGAUGAUAGUAUCUAUGUGAUCGGGAUAUGUGGGAUUGGAGGUGUUGGUAAGACAACUAUGGUGAAUGAAGUUGCCAAGAAAGUGGAAGAAAAAAAAAUGUUCGAUGUUAUUGUGAUGGUAGUAGCGUCCCAAAACCCAAACUUGAUUACUGUUCAAGGCCAGAUAGCCAAAAUAUUGGAUUUGCAAGAUUUUGGGGGAAACAAUUUACCAACUGGAGCAGGGAAGAUACGAUCAAAAAUAUUGAGCUUUGAAAGAGUCCUUGUAAUAUUGGAUGAUGUAUGGAAGAGACUAGAAUUGAAUGACAUUGGAAUUCCAUUUGGAGAUAAUCACAAGGGUUGCAAAAUUGUGAUGACUUCAAGAAAUAAAGAUGUAUGCAACAGUAUGGGCACACACGAGAAUUUUGAGAUUGGCGUCUUACAUAAAGAAGAAGCAUGGAAUCUUUUUAAGGAGAUGGCUGAAAUUUCAGACGAAGGUACAAGUCACUCAACUGGUUUGCAGUUGACGCAGAUGGCAGUUGCAAAGGAAUGCGGAGGCUUGCCGAUUGCUAUUGCUACAGUCGGGAGGGCACUUAGAUGCAAAAACAAGUAUUCAUGGGAUUCUGCUCUUGAACAAUUACGAAAGUCAUUGGUCAAAAACAUUAGUGGAGUGGAUGAAAAGGUGUUUAAAUCUCUAGAGUUGAGUUAUGAUUCCCUUGAUAGUGAUGAAGCCAAGAAAUGCUUUCUGCUCUGUUCUUUAUAUCCGGAAGAUUUUGAUAUUCCAAUUGAAGAUCUCGUUAGAUAUGCGAUUGGGAUAGAGUUGUUUGAGCGCAUUGAUAGUGUGCACCAAGCAAGAAACAGAGUACAUUCCUUAGUUGAUGACUUAAAAAAAUGUUAUCUAUUGAUGGAAAGUAAAAAUGAAGAGUAUCCAUUGAUGGGAAAAAUGUAG